AUGAUUGGUCUAGAGAAGCAGGGGUUGGGUGACCUCCCAGGCCUGAUGCGGAUCUGUUGGAACAACUGCAACUGUGGAGACAACCUCAAGUCACUUGGCUUUGCUCAGCACCUACAGAAGAGCAAAGCCAAACAACCAAGAGUGACAAGGCUGGCAGUGUCUCGUGACUCCCAACACCGCUCAGAGCCCACUGGGGGGAUGUGCUCGGCAGAGGACACAGUGCUGGCAGGUGACGUGGUGGCAGGUGACUUGGUGGCAGCUGAUAAGCAGGCAUUUCUGGGCAAGCUAAGACCAGGAAGCUGCAUAGACGACCAGGAAGCUGCACUGCAGCACCUCGAGCUGAUCCCCUGGUUCUUGCCUCUGCACGUGUUGUGCUGGGUGCUGGGUCUGUCCUGUAUUCUGCUGCUGGGCAAGGCCCCUGUCUGCCUCAUUUCCAGUGUGGCUGAGCAGGGUGUGGCAUUCCCUCGUUCACUCAGGGAGCCUGGGGGGCAGCGGCCACCGUGUGCCAGGAAAUCCGUGGUCUCUGAGCUGAAGGAUAUGGCCCUGAAGCCACACGAGCGGAAGGAGAAGUGGGAACGUCGCCUCAUCAAGAAGCCCCGGGAGUCGGAAAACUGCCCAUCUGUAGAGCCCAGUGAGAACGGGCGGCCCCUGGAGGCAGGCAGCCCCGACCAGGACUUAGAGCCUCCCUGCGACCGGGGCAAGAAGGUUCCACUGCAGCCCACCAAGCAGAUGAAGGUCGUAGUGCCCAGAGGAGGUGACAGGAGCAGUGGUGAUGACAGUGUGUGUGAGGCCACCAGCUCCAGGCGUAGCAGCUCUCGGGAUCGGCUCAGUGACAGCUCGGCGCAGGCGGUUUCCGGAAGAGGCUAUUCGUGUGACAGUGAGAGCGAUGUGGAUGACAAGGCGUCGGUGGGCUCAGACAAGCUCUUUACGCCAGCAGCCGACAGAGGCCCCCCACUGGGGGAGAAGUUGGAGGUCAAGGCUGUGGCCGCUCCCAGGGUCUCGGGGCUGGAGCGCAGCCGUGAGCUGAGCACCGAGACACCCUUUCUGCCUUCUGUGCCCAGCCCCACGGCAGCCCCUGCGGCCACCACCGCUGCCGCCACUGUGCCCCCAUCGGGGCCCCCACCAGGCACGCGGGCCAGCCCUCUGGUGAAGAAGGAAGCCCCUGCCCUGCCCCGCCUCACCCCACAGCCUCUGCCGCCACCCACGCCUCCCCAGCCCCGGGCCCCACUCCCCACACACGUGCCUCUCUCCCUGGGCACCUACCCGGGCCCCAGCCAGGCCACACACAGCAGCCUGCCCAGCCUCAGCAGGAGCAGUGCCACUGGUGGCCCUGGCCUCAGCCUCCUGAAGAACGUGGCCCUGUCGCCUCACGGGCCGGGCCCCACGCUGGCCCUGCCCAGCUCCAACCUGUCUACCUCGCACUUCACGCUGCGGGCCCAGCACCAGCACCCCGCGGCGGCAAUGUUCGCAGCCCCCCCGACACUGCCCCCUCCCCCGGCGCUCCCCACCAACAGUCUGGUCCUCCCAGGGCACCCGGCCGAUCAGGAACUGCUCAGGCAAGAGCUGAACACGCGCUUCCUGGUCCAGAGCUCGGCGCGCCCCGGGGCUGCCCUGGGCCCGGGGGCGCCGCUGCGGGCGGAGUACCACCAGCACCAGCACACGCACCAGCACACGCACCAGCACCAACACUCAUUCGCCCCCUUCCCGCCGGGGCUGCCCCCAGCGCCGCUCCUGCCGCCCGCCGCACCCCCGCCGUUUGACAAAUAUGCCCCCAAGCUGGACAGCCCCUACUUCCGACAUUCCAGCGUGAGUUUCUUCCCAUCCUACCCUCCAGCCGUCGCAGGAAUGCCCACCCUGCUUCCACAUCCGGGGCCCUUUGGGUCCCUGCAGGGCGCCUUCCAGCCCAAGACAUCCAGUCCCAUUGAAGUGACAGGCCGGGCCAGUGCUGUCCACACCCUCCUCCAGAAGGCCCCCACGGUGUCGGAUCAUUACCGGGCGGUGGUCAGGAAACCAGGGAAGUGGUGUGCGGCCCACGUGCAGAUUGCCUGGCAGAUCUACCACCAGCAGCAGAAGAUAAAGCAGAUGCCGCUGGACCCCCACAAGCCAGAGAUGGGCACCAAGCUGGACCUGUCCAGUCGGCCCCCAGCCCCAGGAGUGUUUGCCGGUCUCCACUACCCGCAAGACCUGGCGCGGCCCCUCUUCUCCAGCACUGGUGCCGCCCACCCCACCACCAGCCCAUUCGGACCCUCCACCCAUCACAGCAGCUUCCUGCCCGCUGGUCAUCUGGCAGACCCAUUCAGCAGACCAACCACCUUCGGGGGCCUGGGGAACAACGCCUUCGGGGGCCUGGGCAGCCACACAAUGAGUAAGCCCUCCUCCCCCUCCGGCAGCGUCUUUGCCCACAAAGAGGGCUCCAUGCUGCAUGGCCCCUCGGCGCUGCACAGCCUGCCCAGCCCCCACGAGGCCUGGAGCCGGCUGCACCGGGCCCCGCCCUCCUUCCCCACGCUGCCCCCAUGGCCCAAGCCUCUGGAUGCAGAUCGGGUCUCCACCCUGACCAACCACGACCGGGAGCCGGACAAGGGCAGGGAGGAGCAGCGUGAGCGGUGA